GUUUCUCUUACGAUCUCUUGAUUCUGUUCUGGAAUUCUAUCUUUCUCUUCCUCCUUCAUUUUUCGUAAAGGAAAAGAGAAAAGAUCUAUUAUUCUAAUUUCCUUUGUUUUCUAUCUUCGCUUUUCAAGAAUGAGAUUUGGAUGUUUUCUUGUAGGUUUUUUUAAAUUGAAUCGCGGUUCUUUUUUUAUCCUAGAAGGCGGCAUCUUUUGAUCGUAAUCUUCUGAUUGGCUGUCAGGGCUUUCAGUUUCUUGUUCAUAUACGGGUUCUUGAAAUUGUUUGGAUUUAGGUUGAAUGCUGCUGUGAAGGAUCCCGUGAAUUGAAUCCUGCUAUAAGAUUUAGGGUAAGUAAAAGAAGGGUGUUUUUUGGGUUUCUGAGCGAUUUGGUGCAUCGUUGAGAUUUUAGGAUUUCUUGGACUUCGUCGAGUUGAAUGCAGGUGAAGAUUGUAAUCAGAGCCUGACACUAGCCCAAAGAUUCAACGUGAUCUUUGGGUAACGCACCCGGACCAAAUGCAUUUGUGCUGUCAAUCAAUUGAGUCGGCACCAUUAGAGGAAUACUCCGUGCCUUUUUUCCGCUUAUGGGCUGCUGCAUUUGCCCCAAAGGCAUCAGCCCGGGUGGAGACGGCGCGACCAAUCGAAGAAAGUCCUUCAAGCGGUUUGUCACGCUCUCGAAGAAAAAGGGUUCUGCGGCAAGAAAAACGAAUGUUGAUAGUAGCGGGAACCCUAAACCCAACUCCGUGUCAAAGCCCCAAGAUAACGUGGUGAGCGCCCUGCCCCCGCCAACUGGAGAAGGGAAGAAGAAAGCUGCAGGUUGUGCCGAUAGGAUACGGAAGAGCGUGGGGCAUCAGAGACGUGUAACUGCGGCUGCUGGGGCAAAUAGAGAGAAUUCACAAGUUGUGUCUGGGCCAAAUGAGGCAGAAGCCAACUUGGGAAUUGUUGACGUGCCGAAUGGGUUACCUGGGGAGAAUGUUGCAGCAGGCUGGCCCUCAUGGCUAAUUGCUGCAGCUGGGGAAGCAUUAAAUGGGUGGCAACCUCGGAGAGCUUCUUCAUUUGAGAAACUAGAUAAGAUUGGACAAGGAACUUAUAGCAAUGUGUACCGAGCCCGUGAUCUUGUAACUGGUAAAAUUGUUGCACUCAAGAAAGUGCGAUUUGUUAAUAUGGAUCCUGAAAGUGUUCGCUUUAUGGCAAGAGAAAUUAACGUUCUUCAUCGACUUGAUCACCCAAAUGUUAUAAAGCUUGAAGGUGUAGUUACAUCACGAGUGUCAGGCAACUUGUAUCUUGUUUUUGAGUACAUGGAGCAUGAUCUUGCUGGACUUGCUGCAAGGCCGGGUACCAAGUUCACUGAACCACAGGUAAAGUGUUAUAUGCAACAGCUUCUUGAAGGGCUUGCUCAUUGCCACAGUCGAGGGGUUCUGCAUCGGGAUAUCAAGGGCUCAAAUCUUCUGAUUGACAACAACGGCAUUCUUAAGAUAGCAGAUUUUGGCCUAGCAACAGUUUUCAAUCCUGAUCAGAAACAGCCAUUGACAAGUCGAGUAGUAACGCUGUGGUACCGACCCCCUGAGCUUUUGCUUGGUGCUACAGAAUAUGAUGUUGCUGUUGAUUUGUGGAGUUCUGGAUGCAUUCUUGCGGAGUUGCUUGCAGGAAAACCGAUCAUGCCUGGUAGAACAGAGGUGGAACAACUGCACAAGAUUUUCAAGCUCCUAGGAUCACCAUCAGAUGAGUACUGGAAGAAAUCAAAGUUGCCGCAUGCAACUAUUUUCAAACCUCAGCACCAAUAUAAACGCUGUUUUGCAGACACAUUCAAGGAUUUUCCUCCUUCAGCUUUAACUCUGUUAGAUACCCUUCUUGCAAUAGAACCGGAAAAUCGUGGAACAGCAGCUUCAGCCCUUGAAAGUGAAUUCUUUAGAACUAAACCACUUGCCUGCGACCCUUCUAGUUUGCCUAAAUAUCCACCCAGCAAGGAGUAUGAUGUUAAACUUCGGGAUGAGGAAAUUCGCAGACAAAGAGCAGAAGCUACCAAGGGAUGGUCGGAGACUGCAAGACCAGGGAGAAAAGAGACCAAAGGAAUGGCAAUGCCUGAUGCAAAUAUGGAGCUGCAGAAGCAACAGGCACAGGCAUAUAAUGCACAAGAUGCUGAGAGGAGGUCCGGGUUUCCAAUUGACUCUGCAGUAGGAACAGCACAAAAUGGCUUCUAUCAAUUGGGUGUGCACCCUGGUGGAUAUGGAACCACAUUGACUAAGAAAGUGAAUCAGGAAGAGAUGAGGGUUCCUGGACCAUCAAAGAGUUCGGCUAGAGUGUCAAAUGACUCUCAGUUGCAGAAACAGAGAUCAUACAUUCAUUUGUCAGGAGCUGAUGGCAUCCCGGGUUCAGUAGCAGCAAGAACCACUGCAAACUCCAGAUACAAUCGGCUUGAUGUGACCGAGUCCUCUGACAAGCAUAUACUUGAUCGAGCUGCCUCCACACACAAGAAAGAUGACAGAACAGUGAGCAAAGAAUCCACAAUCGUUUAUGGUACUAGGAACAAGAAAAUCCAGUAUUCUGGACCACUGAUGCCCCCAGGAGGAAAUGUUGAAGAUAUGCUCAAGGAACAUGAGAGGCAGAUCCAACAGGCGGUUCGCAAAGCACGCAUUGAUAAAGUCAAGACCAAAAAGAACUUUUAAGAAGGAUAAUUAGGGGAAAGACUUUUGUGGCAGAAUCGGCAGAAGAAAAUUCUAACUUACUCAAAAGUAUUUAUGGUACAUGGUUUGUUGAAUUAGCAGAUGUGAGGACCAUCUGGAUCAUAAUCGGUGAAUCAGGCACUACAUUGUAGAAGCUUUUGGUGGUUAAAAGCUGAAUUCUGUUUGCAGUUAAAGAAUUUCCACCUUUCCUUUACUCUCUGCCAAUUGUAUCUUCUUCCUGGAAGUUCCAAGGAUGAUGAGAGUCUUGUGUUACUUAUUGGGUGGUGUAUGCACAGAUGUAUAUGGGCAGAGUGUUUGGGUUUUCAAUAUCUGAAUAAGAAACUUGACCUCUUCAGAACUGCAAAUUAUCAUGUAAAUCAUAUUCUCAAGAUUCAAUUUGAAUGAACAUAUCAAGAUACAGUUGUCCUCAGAAUA